UCUUCCUUUUCUAGCAAUAACAUAAAUCUUUCGAAAGUCUAUAUUCCUUCAAAAUGACUCUCAAUCGUGUUUCUUUAAUGUCCUUCCUUCUCAUAACAUUGGUAGCAGUUGCAUCUGCCAGUGAUUAUAGUACCUACAGUCCUGCUCCUGCAUAUAAGACACCAUCUUAUUCUCCGGUGUAUAAAUCGCCUGUUUAUACUCCAUCUCCAGUGUACAAGUCUCCAAUUUAUUCACCAUCACCUGUUUAUAAGUCUCCAAUUUACUCACCAUCACCAGUAUAUAAGACUCCUGUUUAUACGCCAUCACCGGUGUAUAAGUCUCCCGUAUACACACCAUCACCAGUGUAUAAAUCUCCAAAGUAUACUCCUUCACCAAUUUAUAAGUCUCCAUCCCCUAUAUACAAGUCACCAGAAUACAAGUCUCCAGUUUAUACCCCUUCACCAGUGUACAAGUCACCAGUUUACACUCCAUCCCCAACAUACAAGACACCCGUUUAUACUCCUUCCCCAGUGUACAAGUCACCUGUUUAUACUCCUUCCCCAGUAUACAAGUCACCGGUUUACACUCCAUCCCCAGUAUACAAGUCACCGGUGUACACUCCAUCCCCAAUGUACAAGUCACCUGUUUACACUCCUUCCCCAGUUUACAAGUCACCCGUUUACACUCCUUCUCCUGUGUACAAGUCACCUGUUUACACUCCAUCCCCUGUGUACAAGUCACCAAUUUACACUCCAUCCCCUGUGUACAAGUCACCAGUUUACACUCCUUCUCCAGUGUACAAGUCAUCGGUUUACACUCCUUCCCCUGUUUACAAGUCACCCAUUUACACUCCUUCCCCAAUUUACAAGUCACCCAUUUAUAUUCCUUCCCCUGUUUACAAGUCACCGGUUUACACUCCAUCCCCUGUGUACAAGUCACCGGUUUACACUCCUUCCCCAGUGUACAAAUCACCUGUAUAUAGUACUCCUUCUCCUGUGUACAAGUCACCGGUUUACACUCCUUCCCCAGUGUACAAAUCACCUGUAUACACUCCUUCCCCAGUGUAUAAGUCACCAGUAUACACUCCUUCCCCAGUGUAUAAGUCACCAGUAUACACUCCUUCCCCUGUCUACAAGUCACCGAUUUACACUCCUUCCCCUGUGUACAAGUCACAUGUUUACACUCCAUCUCCCGUGUACAAGUCACCGGUUUACACACCUUCUCCAGUAUACAAGUCACCAGUUUACACUCCUUCUCCAGUGUACAAGUCACCAGCUUACACUCCAUCCCCUGUGUACAAGUCACCAGUUUACACCGCAUCACCAAUAUACAAAUCUCCUAUUCAUUCUCCAACUCCAGUUUAUACCCCUUCUCCAAUUUACAAAUCUCCAACAUAUACUCCAAGUCCUUCAUACGGAUACUAAGCAAAUACAACAAUUAAAAUGAUUGUUUUGAUUUGCAUAUCUUCAAAUUAUUGUAUCUUGUGUUUGAGAAGUUAAGUUGGGUGAAGUAGUUGUUUCAUAUCUAUUGUAUUGCUCUAUAUUCAAAUUAAUAAAGAAUUAUUGCUUUUGACUA